GUCUUAUAUUUAGCACCGGGACAAGAAUUUGAACUUGAGACUAGUUGGUAUAUUGUUUUAUUUUUAGCAUCAGAAUGGGGAUUUGAACUUGAGACUGGAAACGGAUACACUAUAAAUUUUGAAUUUAGUACCAGAUGGGAUUUGGACUUAAGACUUGGAAAUAAUAUGCUAUCG